UUUCGAUAUGUGUUGACAAGAAAUGGGGACAAAAUAACCGAUGAUGAAGUUAAAAAUGCCAUCCGAGGAGGUGAUGUUGAUGGCGAUGGUCGGCUCAACUAUGAUGAAUUCGUCAAACUUCUAUAUGCGGUGACAAGAAAUGGGGCCAAAGUAACGGAGGAUGAUGUUAAAAAAGCCAUCAAAGCAAUUGAUAUGGAUGCAGAGUUGCAACGUGUGUUGAAAAUUAAUGGGGAAGAAAAAACCGACGAGGAUGCAUAUAAGGAAGCUUGUCGUCUCAUCAAAGAAUAUGAUGUUGAUGGCGAUGGUCGGCUCAACUUCGAUGAAUUCGUCAAAGUCAUGGUGGCAAUAAUGUUCCACAAA